CCAGGUAGAGGGAGGGAAGGCGCGUGUCGCCGGACGCGCCCUCUGGACUGGAUGCGGCCGCCUGGACGCGCUGCUGGCUGACUGAAUCAUCCUAUCCAAGAUGGCCGACAGCGACAAGAAUGGAAGCAGCCGUAGCAGCAGCAGCAGCAGCAGCCGCCUGCAGAGCAAGAAGCCCCCCAACCUUUCCAUCACAAUUCCACCAGUGGAGGCAGAGGAUGAAAGCAACGAAACACUGCUUCUGAAGAAAAACCCAGUUCUCCAAAAGAGCGUGAGCCUCCAAGAGUCCAGGCUGAAAAGGCAGGACAGCAACUUCGAAAGGCAUCCUGGCUUGCACAGACAAACGUCACUGUCCCAGAGUAUUCGCAAAGGGGCCGCCCAGUGGUUUGGAGUCAGCAACGACUGGGAUGGAAAGCGGCAGCACUGGCAGCGCAAGAGCCUGCAGCACUGCAGCCUGCGGUAUGGAAAACUCAAAGCUGCCUACCGAGAGAUGGAGCUGCCCAGCCUGGAUGUGCCGUCCUUCCAAGGCACGGAGUCCCCAAAGCCAAAGAAGCUGCCCAAGAUUGUGGACCCUUUGGCCCGAGGCCGCCCUUUCCGGCACCCAGAUGAGGUGGAUCGUCCACGCACCCCACAUCCCGUCCUGCCUCCUCUGACCCCCGGCGUCAUCUCCUUAACAUCAUUCGGUAGUGUACGGUCUGGCUACACCCGCCUACCCCGCAGGAAGAGGGAAUCCGUUGCCCAUAUGAGUUUCAAGGCUGCUGCCGCUAUGAUAAGAGGACGUUCAGGUCUGGAGCCCUCGGUGUCAAAACGGAGGGGUAACAAACGGAGCUUCAUCUAUCCCAGCUUCAUGGAUGAGGAUGUGGUGGACGGCAUGGAAACCUUUGACUCCUCGUUCUUCAGUAAGGUUGACACCCCUGAUGAGAUGUGCUCCAUGCCAGAUGAUGUGUUUGAAUCCCCACCCCUCUCGGCCACUGGCUUCCGAGGACUUCCUCAGCCAGAGGAUGGCAGGUCACCCGAGGCUGAGCACCCGCUGCAGCGUGCAGUAGCGGCUGGCAAGGGCCUCCCAUCAGCAGCUGCUGUUCCCAAGAGGGGCACACGGAUCGCUGCGCGUGUGAAGCACUUCGCCUUUGAUCGCAAGAAGCGCUACUACGGGCUGGGAGUGGUGGGCAAGUGGCUGAACAGGACGUACCGCCGGAGCAUCAGCAGCGUGGUGCGCUCGCAGCUGGAGCUGACGGACAGCCAUAGGCCUUACUUCACCUACUGGAUUACCUUUGUCCAUAUCAUCAUCACCCUGCUGGUCAUUUGCACCUAUGGAAUUGCUCCGAUUGGCUUCGCCCAGCAUCUGACAACAGAAUUAGUACUGCGAAACAAAGGUGUGUAUGAGAGUGUGAAGUACAUCCAGCAAGAGAACUUCUGGAUUGGCCCUAGCUCGAUUGACUUGAUCCACCUAGGGGCCAAGUUCUCUCCCUGCAUCCGGAAGGACCAACAGAUUGAGACGCUGAUCCAGAAACAGAGAGAUCAAGAGCGCCACUCAGGCUGCUGCGUCCAGAAUGACAACUCUGGCUGUGUUCAGACCCUGCGAGAGGAUUGCUCGGAAACAUUGGCCACUUUUGUAAAGUGGCCAGAUCAUAAUCAUAAUCCACCAGAUGUUGACCCCAGCAAUUCCAGUCUGAAGAGGUCGUCAGGGGCUGUGUGUUCUCAGGAUCCCAGGACUUGUGAGGAACCGGCUUCGAAUCGACCUCACAUCUGGCCAGAUGACAUCACCAAGUGGCCGAUAUGUACCGAUCAGGCCAAAAGUAAUCACACUGGCUUAUUGCAUAUGGACUGUGACAUUAAAGGAAGACCCUGCUGUCUUGGAACCAAAGGCAGCUGUGAGAUCGCUACUCGGGAGUACUGUGAAUUCAUGCAUGGCUACUUCCAUGAAGAAGCAACCCUUUGUUCACAGGUACACUGCAUGGAUGAGGUGUGUGGCCUCUUGCCAUUUCUGAAUCCAGAGAUUCCUGAUCAGUUCUAUAGACUCUGGUUGUCCUUAUUCCUUCACGCGGGGGUUAUCCACUGCCUGGUAUCGGUGAUCUUCCAGAUGACAGUCCUCAGGGAUCUGGAGAAGCUGGCAGGCUGGCUUAGAAUCACAAUCAUUUUCAUCCUCAGCGGCAUCACAGGCAAUCUGGCCAGUGCCAUCUUCCUUCCAUACAGGGCCGAGGUGGGCCCAGCAGGAUCCCAGUUUGGCUUGUUAGCCUGCCUUUUUGUGGAGCUCUUCCAGAGCUGGCAGGUCCUAGAGAACCCCUGGAAGGCUUUCUUGCAUCUUUCUGGCAUCGUCCUUUUCCUCUUUAUCUGUGGCCUCCUGCCCUGGAUCGACAACAUUGCACACAUCUUUGGCUUCCUCAGUGGCCUUCUGCUCUCUUUUGCCUUCCUGCCCUACAUCACCUUUGGGACCGCGGACAAGUGUCGCAAGCGGAUCAUGAUCAUUGUCUCGCUGCUGGUCUUCGUGGGCCUCUUUGCAUCUCUUGUGAUCUGGCUGUAUGUGUACCCCAUUAAUUGGCACUGGACAGAGUAUUUAACCUGCCUGCCUUUCAUAGCCAAGUUCUGUGAGAGGUAUGAUUUGGACCAGGUCUUGCAUUGACGAAUCAGGGAGGCUAUUGAAUGGGUUUGGUGGAGAGGAUUUUAAAACUUGCUAGAUUUUGAGCAACAAGGAAUGGACGGAGGCAACCUUGGCUGUCAAAAGCAGCACAUCUUUGUUUCCAGCUUCCCAAGGUACCACCUACGAAAUCAAGUGCUGAAGUAGAACAACCAGGCAGGCCCUGCUGCCUUUGUUAACCUCCUGGAUGCAAUGGAUAGAACAUAUGCAGACAUGCCUCUUCUGCAUCUCUCCAUAGCAGUUCUGGGCAUUGAGGAGCCAUUAUUGGGAAGUAGAGCUAUGGAGAAGGAUCAUUCCCUCGGUGACAGUCUUCGUUACCAAAGGUUUUUCCACUCUGACACCUGCAGCAGGUGGCAUCCUCUGAUACCAAGACACCUCCUGGACACACUUGGGACUCUAGCUGCUCCGCCAUAUAUGCCAAGUCCCGUUGGAUGAGCUGGCAAAGGAUCGAGUGGCUUCUUUCAUCUGUGGGACUGUCUGGGCCAUUGGUGGGAUGGAAGCCUGGCAGGAAGUGACUUUAAAAGAGCACCUUAGUGAUGAGGCCACAUCCUAUGGAACUGCUUCUAUUUACCAUCUGCCUGCCUCUCUGGUCUCCUACUUGAAGUUCCUCAUUUUUAUGCAAUUCCUGGUUUGGGGUGAUUCCUUUCCUAAUGCCUUUUGGCACUAGAUGGUGCUUGGACUUUGUGGCAAUUUUCCCUGCCUUGGUGCCUUUUUGUGGUACUAGGAAUUGUAAUGUGAAAAUAACCCCCUCUUUUUGUCUAAGGGGUAUUUUUUUUAUAUGCAUUUUUUCUGCUUCUUACAUUCACAAUCUUUGUAUGUCACUAGAGUCAAAUACUUUCUGGCAAAGAGCAUUUGAGCUUUUAGAGAAACCUUGUGCCAUCUGUAAGAAAUGCUGGUAGCUAUUCCAGCAUCUAUACUGGAUAAAUACAGCGGCCUGGGAUUUCUGUAGAAGCAGGCUUGAAGAACUGCUUCCCUCUAAAAAGCAGGAGGCCAAGCAGAUUCUUUAAUGGCAGACAAAAUGGAGAAACGAUAUUUUUGGUCUAAAUAAAUUAAUGAGUUUAAAGCAAUCCA